AUGGAUAUCAAAUCCGCAGCUGAGCAGUUGGCCGAUCAGGCUCGGCGCUUCUCAGUUUUUACUGGCAUUACAAAACCGAAUCCAUAUGAUAGAUUCAUCUUGGUUAUGGGAAUGACAGGAUCCGGCAAAAGCACCUUCAUUUCUCGGUGCACUGGAAAAGAGGUCAUUGUUGGCCAUGGCCUAUACUCCUGUACCGACUCAAUAGACGUCUUCGACUUCAAUUUAAAUGGCCGGCGGAUCUAUCUUAUUGAUACACCGGGCUUCAACGAUACUGAUCGCUCCGAUAUUGAUACCCUGAGUAUACUUGCCAGCUAUCUUGGCGCAUCAUAUGCAAACGGCGUGCGCAUCCAUGGCAUAAUAAUGCUACAUCCGAUCACCGGCAACCGGAUGUCAGGGUCAAGCCUGCGUAAUAUUGAAAUGAUGAAAGCCAUGUGUGGAUUUGAGUUCUACGAUAAUGUUGCCAUCGCAACUACCAUGUGGCCUGAUACAACUUUGUAUGAGGAUACAGGUACGCUGGAGAAUCGAGAGGCUGAGCUCAUGAGUGAUCAGCGAUACUUUGGUGCCUUGAUCUCAUGCGGAGCGACUGUCUUUCGUCAUAAUGAAAUGGGCAUCAAAAAUUCCACCGACGAGACUGAUUCUGCACGGAAUAUCGUGUCGCAUCUCAUUCAACACUCUGAAGAGCAUGUUCCACAGGUACUUCAACUGCAACGCGAAAUCAUUGAACAAAGAAAGACUCUUGGUGAGACGGGGGCAGGAAUUGCCGUUGCAAGAGAUAUACAUCGAGCGAGACGAGAACACGAAGAAGAAUUGCGCAGGAUAGAGGCAGAUAUGAAGCGCGAGCUGGCGAAAACGAAUUCUGCAUAUGCCGCGAAUCUGCAAGAACUCAAGGAAGAUAUCGAGAAACAGCUGAGGAAAUCUGAUCGCGAGAAGCAAGCAUUGAGGAAUUCAAUGCAAGAUUUGCAUCACAGAGAGGAAAAGAUAUGGGAACAGAGGAUCGAGCAGAUGGACAAACAAUUUCGGGUACAGAUUGCGGUUAAGCAAGAAGAGUUACGUGAUAUGGAGUCGUCUCUCGAUGAAGUUCGCAGGGAGAUAGCUCAACAGGCUCAAGACCUCCAGGUGAAAAAGCUCGUUGCAGCCGAGGCAAGGAAUUAUGAGCGAAAGAUCGCUGAAACCAGAAAGAAGCUCGCGGCAAGAGAGAAAGAGCUACGGAAUAAGGAGGAACAGAUCAAACAGGCUCGCAGGGAUGCGGCUCGGCGGCAAAGCCUCCUUGAGAAGGAGCGUGUUUCAUCUGAGGAUAUGCAGCGUGAGGUAAUAGUCAAGGAAAUCCGACACGAGCUUGCGGCAAAGGAGAAGAAACUACUCGACAUGGAGCAAUCGCUCGAGAAAGUACGUAGGGAUAUGGCACGGCGGUCGAAAACUAGGCACCGGAAAGAGAGGAUUGCCCAUGACAUUGAGAAACGCGAGACAAAUGUCAAGAAUGCCCGCAAAGAGGUUGAGCAAGCUCAGGAUGCUCAUAAGAAGUUCAGUGGGCGGAAAGGCGAGCUUUACAAGGGUGCUAUUGGUGGUGUUGCAUCUGGUGUGGCAUCUGGCGUUGUUGCUGGAGCUCUUGCGGCCGGACUUGUGUGUACAGUAAUGUGA